GAGAGCCGAAGCUGCCCUCGAGGCCGUGGUGAACUGCUCCUUCGCGCCACUUCCGGCCGAGUUCCGCGGACCGCGCUGGUGGGCGACCGUGCGGCUCUGGAGGACGUUCCCCGCGGCCGCAGCCAUGGAGAUUCCGCUGCCGCCUGACGAUCAGGAGCUUCGAAAUGUCAUCGACAAGCUCGCUCAGUUCGUGGCCCGUAACGGGCCGGAGUUUGAGAAGAUGACGAUGGAGAAGCAGAAGGACAACCCGAAAUUCUCGUUUCUAUUCGGAGGCGAGUUCUACAGUUACUACAAGUGCAAGCUGGCGCUGGAGCAGCAGCAGCUCAUCUGCAAGCAGCAAGCCCCAGAACUGGAGCCAACUGCAGCUCUGCCCCCACUAUCACAGCCUCCACUAGCCCCUGGAGCACCCAUCCCACCAGCCCAGGGUGCCCCAUCUGUGGACGAGCUCAUCCAGCAGAGCCAGUGGAACCUGCAGCAGCAGGAGCAGCAUCUGCUGGCCCUGCGACAGGAACAGGUGACAGCGGCUGUAGCACAUGCAGUGGAACAGCAGAUGCAGAAACUGUUAGAGGAGACACAGCUGGAUAUGACCGAGUUUGACAACCUGCUACAACCCAUUAUUGACACCUGCACCAAAGAUGCCAUCUCAGCCGGGAAGAACUGGAUGUUCAGCAAUGCCAAGUCUCCACCACACUGCGAGCUGAUGGCUGGCCACCUGCGCAACCGCAUCACAGCUGACGGGGCACACUUCGAGCUGCGGUUGCACCUCAUCUACCUGAUCAAUGAUGUGCUGCACCACUGGGCCCUGAUGCGCGGAAGGUCUCUCCCUCACAGCCAGCGCAAGCAGGCACGAGAGUUGCUGGCCGCACUGCAGAAGGUGGUGGUGCCCAUCUAUUGCACCAGCUUCCUGGCUGUGGAGGAGGACAAGCAACAGAAGAUCGCCAGGCUCCUGCAGCUCUGGGAGAAGAAUGGUUACUUUGAUGACUCAAUCAUUCAACAGCUGCAGAGCCCAGCCCUGGGGCUUGGUCAGUAUCAGGCAACUCUCAUCAAUGAGUACUCCUCAGUGGUGCAGCCUGUGCAGCUGGCCUUUCAGCAGCAGAUCCAGAGCCUCAAGACACAGCAUGAAGAGUUUGUCAACAGCCUGGCCCAGCAGCAGCAACAGCAGCAGCAGCAGCAGCAGCAGAUUCAGAUGCCACAAAUGGAAACAGAAGUGAAGGCCACGCCACCUCCCCCUGCUCCUCCCCCGGCCCCAGCACCAACCCCAGCCAUCCCACCCACGACUCAGCCAGAUGACAACAAGCCCCCCAUCCAGAUGCCUGGUUCUUCCGAGUAUGACACCACAGGAGGGGUCCAGGAUCCCGCUGGUGGUGGUCCCCGGGGUCCAGGACCGCACGAGCAGAUCCCACCUAACAAGCCCCCAUGGUUUGACCAGCCGCACCCUGUUGCCCCUUGGGGCCAGCAGCAGCCCCCAGAACAGCCCCCAUACCCACACCACCAGGGCGGGCCGCCCCACUGCCCACCCUGGAACAACAGCCAUGAAGGCAUGUGGGGUGAGCAGCGUGGGGAUCCUGGCUGGAACGGCCAGCGUGACGCACCCUGGAACAACCAGCCUGACCCCAACUGGAGUGGCCAGUUUGAGGGACCCUGGAACAACCAGCAUGAGCCACCACCCUGGGGCGGUGCCCAGCGCGAGCCACCCUUCCGCAUGCAGCGGCCACCCCACUUCCGUGGGCCUUUCCCACCUCACCAGCAGCAUCCACAGUUCAACCAGCCGCCUCACCCCCACAACUUCAACCGCUUCCCACCCCGCUUCAUGCAGGAUGACUUUCCCCCACGCCACCCUUUUGAGCGGCCACCUUACCCUCACCGUUUCGACUACCCACAGGGGGACUUCCCAGCAGAGAUGGGACCCCCUCACCACCACCCUGGCCACCGUAUGCCUCACCCAGGGAUCAAUGAGCACCCGCCCUGGGCUGGGCCCCAGCAUCCUGACUUUGGGCCUCCCCCUCAUGGCUUCAAUGGGCAGCCUCCCCACAUGCGGCGGCAGGGCCCCCCUCAUAUCAACCACGAUGACCCCAGCCUGGUUCCCAAUGUGCCCUACUUUGAUCUUCCUGCUGGGCUGAUGGCCCCACUUGUGAAGCUGGAAGACCAUGAGUACAAGCCUUUGGAUCCCAAAGACAUCCGCCUCCCACCCCCCAUGCCACCCAGUGAGAGGCUGCUGGCUGCUGUAGAGGCCUUCUAUAGCCCUCCCUCCCAUGACAGGCCAAGGAACAGUGAGGGCUGGGAGCAGAACGGCCUCUAUGAGUUCUUCCGAGCCAAAAUGAGGGCCCGUAGGCGCAAGGGCCAGGAGAAGAGGAACAGUGGUGGCCCAUCUAGAUCCCGAAGCAGAUCGAAGAGCCGAGGUCGUUCCUCCUCACGCUCCACUUCACGCUCUUCCAAGUCUUCACGCUCCUCCUCCAGGUCUCGCUCCCGCUCCCAUUCCCGCUCCUCUUCACGUUCCAGAUCCAGGAGCCGCAGCCAGUCCCGGUCCUCCCGAAGCCGCUCUCGGUCCAGGUCAAGGUCUCGGUCCAAGUCUUAUUCCCCAGGAAGGAGGCGUCGAUCGAGGUCCCGGAGCCCCACCCCACCCACGGCAGCGGGCCUGGGUUCUAAUUCAGCACCUCCCAUCCCUGACUCAAGGCUGGGAGAAGAGAACAAAGGCCAUCAGAUGCUGGUAAAGAUGGGCUGGAGUGGCUCUGGGGGCCUGGGAGCAAAAGAGCAGGGCAUCCAGGACCCCAUCAAGGGUGGGGAUGUCCGUGACAAGUGGGACCAGUACAAGGGCGUAGGCGUGGCUCUGGAUGACCCCUAUGAGAACUACCGCCGGAACAAGAGCUACUCCUUCAUCGCACGCAUGAAGGCCAGGGAUGAGUUCUCCACGUUUGGGGCGCGAAAGGAAGAGAAAGAAGACUGACAACGGCACAGCCUACAGGAGUGCCACGCUAUCUGACCUGGGAGGGGCUCGGCUUUGCGCAUGCCCAGGAAGAGGUGCCACAGCUACCACAUCCUUGGCAGGUCCCCUUACUGCGAAGCAAAACCAAGACCCUUCAGCUCUGAACGAGUGUGCCUCCUACCCAACGGUGUUGGUAUCACACAAUCCCUGGGUCAGAUCUGAGCCACCUCUAAGAACCAGGACUCUUGCAGCCGUGCACUCAG